GGGAGCAGGGAAAAGCGCGCGGCUGCCCGGGCGCAGCCAGAGGUUCCCAGGGUCCCGCGGUGCGCAGCGGAGUACUGGAGAGAGGAGAGGACCAAGGACAGGAACAGCGCGGCUCGGGUACCUCCUGGAAGCGCGCCCAGCUACCCCCGAUUGACAGCCCGGUCCGGGCCAUGGCGGCUUUCCUGCCGUUCCUGACUCUGUGCCUCGCCGCCGCCCAGCUGGCGGGAGCCCCAGAAGCUCUGACCAGGAAGGAUGCCCAAGGGCCUGAUCUUGCCCGGGGUACAUCUCAGAGGAAGAUGGUCAGGCAUGCCCCUUCCCCAGAAGACAACUUGGAAGAUGGUCUUGCAGAGUGGACAUCCUGGUUCAACGUAGACCACCCUGGGGGGGAUGGGGACUUUGAGAGCCUGGAGGCUAUUCGAUUCUACUAUGGUGAGCGACUGUGUGCCCAUCCCUUGGCCCUGGAGGCCCGGACCACCGAGUGGGAAUUGCCUUCUGAUGUGGGUGAACGGGUGCACUACAGUCUGGAGAGGGGCUUCUGGUGCCUCAACAGGGAGCAGCCUGAAGGCAAGAGUUGUUCCAACUACCAUGUCAGAUUCAAGUGCCCGCUGGAUCCCGUGACCUGGUCUGCCUGGUCCUCCUGGAGUCCCUGCAGCCAGUCGACCUGUGGAGUCCGGAGUCUUGGGAGCCAGACCCGCCAGCGCCGCUGUCUUGGCCCUCAGCCCCUCUGGCUCCUCCAGCUCCCUCCGUGUGUGGGUCCAUCUGAAGAGCAGAGACCUUGCCCUGCCUCUCCUUGCUCAGGACCUUCGUGGAGUGAGUGGGGGGCCUGGGGACCAUGCUCCGGGAGCUGUGGGCCAGGACGACGUCUCCGUCGCCGGCGCUGCCCAGGAGCCAAGAAGAAUGCUUGUGUAGGACGUUCUGUGGAGGCUCAGAAAUGUGUGAGGGCACCAUGCCCAGGUUGCCAUUCCAAUUGUGGCCAUGGUGGAGCGGGCAAGGAUUGCAGUGUCUGUGUCUGCCAGGAUCACGUCCUUGUGGGCACUGUGGUCACCCCUACUGGUCGGCCUCUCCCUGGGGCCCGAGUGACUCUCAAGGGCCGUCCUAAGCCCUCCCUGGCCAUCACAGAUGCUCGGGGAAGUUUCCGAGUUGCAGGCAUCUGCUCUGAUGGUCACACCAACGUCAGCGUCCAGCUAGAGGGCUUCGCACCAGGUGUUGGCCAGGCUGUGGCCAACAAUUCCACUAUGGCCUCCGUAACUGUCAUUCUCCGGACACUGGAGAAGCCCUAUCUGGUGAAGCAGCCAGAAUCCCGGGUCCGAGAGGCUGGACACCACGUGAUGUUCUGCUGUAAAGCCCUUGGCACCCCCGUGCCCAAGAAAUACUACUGGUAUCACAAUGGGAGCCUAUUGGACAGAAAGGUCUACAAAUACGACAGUAACCUGAUUCUCCGGAACUUGGGCCCGGGUCAGGCAGGCACCUACCACUGCAAAGCCAACAGUGAUGCUGGUACCAUCAAAUCUAACACUGCUGUCCUGACCGUGUUGUCUCCAGAACAGCAGGUCUGUGAUCCGAGGCCCCUUGAGCAUCUCAUCAAGCUGCCCGAUGACUGCCGCCAGGCUGCUUCGGGAUCUGCCUACUACAACGUGGGUCUCUGCCCUGAUACCCGCUGCCCUGGCCGACCAGGCUCAAACCUCCGGUGUGGGGAGUCCAGUGACCGAUGUUGUUCUGUGAGCCGUUUAGAGACCCGGGAAAUCCGGUGUGCAGGCUAUGUGCUGCCUGUGAAGGUGGUGGCCAAGUGUGGGUGUGAGAAGUGCAUGCCCCCCAAGGUGCUGGUCAGGGGCCGAGUUGUGGCCGCUGACACUGAGGAGCCCUUGCGCUUUGCCCAGAUCCUCCUGGGGAAGGAGAAAACUGGCUUUACUGGCUACCAAGGUGAUUUCACCAUCGAGGUCCCUCCAGCCACUGAGCGCCUUGUUGUGACCUUCAUUGAUGGUCGCCGGGAGUUUGUAGAUGCGAUCAAAGUCUUGCCCUUUGACCCUCGGGGAGGUGGAGUUUACCAGGAGGUAAAGGUCAUGCGCAAAAAGGAACCCAUCCGUUUGGAUGCGGAUAAAAGCAAUACCAUUCCACUGGGAACAGCUGAAGGGAUGGACCCCAUCGGAGAGAUCGUUAUCCCUUCCGGUGCCUUCUACUAUGCAAAUGGAGAGCCCUAUAACGGGACCGUGCAGGCCAGUGUUACUUUCCUGGACCCACGGGACCUUGCCACAGCAGCUGCUGCUUCCAGUGACCUCAGCUUCGUGGACGAUAAUGGGGAGCUGGCGCCCCUGCGGACCUACGGCAUGUUCUUAGUGGACCUUCGAGCGGAGGGCUCCGGGGAGGAGCUCCAGACAGGACGUGUGGAGGUGCGCAUGGACGCUGGACAGAUCCACAUGGCAGGGCAUGCCGAGGAAAUGAAGCUGUGGUCCCUGAAUCCAACGACUGGAUUAUGGGAGGAGGAGAGUAGCUUUCACAUGGAGAAUGCUGGGCGCAGAGUUCGGAGGGAGGAGCGGACAUUCCUCAUAGGAAACGUGGAAAUCCAGGAGCGGCGGCUCUUCAAUUUAGACGUACCAGAGAGGAGACGAUGCUUUGUCAAAGUGCGUGCCUACAUCAAUGAAAAGUUUAUACCCAGUGAGCAAGUGGAGGGGGUGGUGGUGACCUUGGUCAAUUUGGAACCCGCGCCGGGUUACUCUGCCAAUCCCCGAGCCUGGGGACGCUUUGAUAGCGCUGUCACAGGUCCCAAUGGAGCCUGCCUCCCUGCUUUCUGUGAUGCGGAGAGGGCAGAUGCCUACACUGCCUAUGUCACAGCCGCCCUCGGGGGUGAAGAACUAGAGCCUGCGCCUUCUAGUCCCCAGCCUCAUCCAGGGACUGUGGGGGUGACCCAGCCCUACCUGGACAAGCUGGGCUACCGGAGGACAGACCACGAUGAUCCAGCUUUGAAGAAGAAUGGUUUCCGGAUUAACCUGGCCAAACCCAACCCCAACAACCUGGAUGAGAUUCAAGGUCCCAUCUACCCUUGGCGGAGCCUGCGUGAGUGUGAGGAUGCUCCGGUGACAGCCAAUCACUUCCGCUUCUCCCGGGUGGAGGCAGACAAGUAUGAGUAUAAUGUAGUCCCUUUCCGGGAGAGUGAGCUGGCUUCCUGGACUGGUGAUUACCUCUCUUGGUGGCCCAACCCCCAGGAGUUCCGUGCCUGCUUCAUCAAAGUCAAGAUACAGGGGCCCCAGGACUACAUGGUCCGGUCUCACAAUGCUGGGGGCAGUCACCCUCGCACCCAGGGCCAACUCUAUGGGCUUAGGGAUGCCCGAAGUGUAAAGGACAUGGAGCACCCUGGCACCUCGGCAGCCUGUGUGGAGUUCAAAUGUAGUGGGAUGCUGUUUGACCAGCGCCUGCCUGAUCGGACCCUGGUGACCCUGGUACCCCAAGGAAGCUGCAGACGCAUAGCUGUCAAUAGUCUCCUGAGGGAGUACCUGGCCCGCCACCCUCCAGUGGCCCCAACUGAUGACCCCUCAGGCUUCUCCAUGAUUGCACCUGUAGACCCCUUGGGCCACAAUUAUGGCAUCUAUACAGUGACAGAUCAGAAUCCCCGGCUGGCCAAAGAGAUUGCCAUCGGCCGCUGUUUUGAUGGUACCUCGGAUGGCUUCUCGAGGGAGAUGAAGGCAGAUGUGGGCACAGCCUUGACCUUUCAGUGUCAGGAACGCCCAGCUGGUCAACGUAGUCUUUUCCAGAGGCUACUGGACUCUCCGAGGACUGCACUGGAAGACAUUCGCCGUGAGAUGGGGGGCCCUGGACGCAGAAGCCUGAAUCCUUUCCCUACUCGCAGAAUCCCUGGUCGCCGAAGGAGGAUGGAAAUGCUCCAGGCUGGGGCAGUAAACGAAACCGUUACCCGUAACCCUGAGGAUGCCCCCUGAACCCAAGGACAUCCCUUCUAGCUCCCAACCCAAUGAUAACAUUCAACCCCAAGGAAUUCCCUCCAGAUCCCUGGCCCCAGGGAUAAUCCGCCACCCCUAUCCCCUUCUCUGGGAAGCUCCCAACCCUUAGAGAUACCUCUUGACUUCAAGGAAAGACCUCUGAUCCUAGGGAUAUCAAUAAUUCUCAUUUCUCCUACCUUCCUCAACUCAGUCUCCUUCAUGCUCCCUUGCCCUAUCUGUUGCUUAGAAAAAGCCUAGAUUCCCCUGGAGAGGACUAGGAGGAAAUGAAUAUAUGUAGUCCAUCCCUACUCUAGCCCAGGAGCAAAAAGGGUUCUUCCAUUCUCCACUUCUCAGUCUAGUCCUUUGGCCACCAGGCCAGCCUUUAACUCCUUCCUUCUUGGGUUCCAUAGAUUACCCCCAGCUGGUAGUAACAGCUAUUCCACUUCCACCCAUACAGGUCCCUUAGGUUUGAACUUCAGGGUUAGUUUGGGAUAGGACAGGGGAAGGAAGGGGCCAAUCAUUGAGAAAAGAAACAAAGGCAAGAGUGGUAUAGGGUUGGAGAAAGAGCCCUGGAUCAGGGGACAGGGACUAGCUUCUAUUCCCAGCCUUGCUAUCUCAUUUGUGUACCCUUGGGGCAAUAUUUUUUGCACUAGACAAUGCGGGAUGGUAUGUUGGAAAGAACUGGUGUCUGGCCCUUUCUGAGGCUGACUCAUGGUGUGAUCCUAGGCAAGUCACUUAAACUCUCUAAAGCUCAGUGUUCUUAUCUGUAACAUGGGAUGAUCUUUAAAGGUCCCUUCUAGCUUGGAGAUUCCCUGGAUUACAGAAUCAGAUGCCCCAGCCCUUCUCCAUAAUAGCAAUGUCAAAAUUGUUUCCCUGGGAGCAAAUUGGAUAGUGUCUGAUAAGGAUUCAGGCCCAUAGACAGAGACUGGUCCCCAUGGGGAACUCCAGUACAGGACUUCUGGGUUCUAGAGCAGUUGUGGCUCCAUACUCCUGGUGGUACCACACAAUUACCGGUGAUCACUUCCUGGGGCCCCCAAUUCUAGUCAGUUCAAUGCACAUUAAGUGCACCUGCUGUUUAGAAAACAUUGUCCUGAGUGGGUUAGAAUAGAGGAGAUGAAGUUUAAUAAAAGUCCCCACCUGCCCUCAUGCAGUGCAUAGUCUGUUAAAGGGGGCAAGAAGAAAACACAAAUGAAAUACUUAUACAGCAUUACUUGAUAAGUGAAUUACUGAAGGGUAAGCCAAGUGCUUUAUCAGGUCUGUGAGGGAAGGUCAGUACCAACCAGGGAGUUCAAGGAAGACUUCCUGGAGGAGGUGGCAAUUUGGCUUGACUUUAAGGGAUGGUUAGGAAUUCAGUAGGCAAAGAGCCAUGGGGAAGGUAUUCCAUGCAUAGUAAACAACACAGAAGAGCACAGUGUGGAGUUCAGGUUUUUGUUUUUGUUUUUUUUUUUUGGGAGGGAAGGAGAAGGGUUUAGCAGAAUUCUCCAAUUUGGCUAGAGCAUAAAGUAUAUGGAAAGGAGGAACAAAAGGCUGGAAUGAUUGAGUGGCAACAGAUGACAGAGGUCAUAAAUGCCAAGAAAAAGAAUUUGAACUUAACCCUGCGGAGAAAAAGGGAAUCCCUAAAGAUUGGUAAACAGUAGACUGAUGUCACUGAGUAGAAGGGGAUGGACUCCAACUCUUGUCUUCCAUCCACUCCAGCCCAGCGGAGCCCAUUUGUCCAACCUGGACAUUUCAUAGUCUUCCAAGGUUCCUGUUAGUGGUGGAUAGCUUGGGACCACACUCCCUCCCAUUGGGCCAGCAUCAGAGGGAGAAAGGACAUGCCCUGGGUACCCCUUCCAGCUCAGGACCACCUCUUCUAGUCCUCAGACAUCAUUUGUUGGAUGUUAAGGAAUCAUACCUUCUGUUUCUUUAGCACUUUAGGGUUUACAAAGCAUUUUUCCUUUCAACAUCCCUGUGAGGUUGGUAGUUUAUACAUUAUUAUCCCCAUUUUACAUACAAGGAAACUGAGGCUCUGAGAGACUGUGACUUGCCUUAUGUCACACUGUUGGAAGGUACCAGUGCCAGGCUCUGGAAUGAAUCUAAGAGCCAAUACUCUUCCCUUUGCAUCCAGUGGUGUCACCCUGUUGUGGGAAGAUCUGUGGGCUUUGCUCAGGUGAAGAGAUUGGGGCAAGGAGUUGGAAAUCAUUACCUCUGCCCCAUGAGGCUGGUGCUUAUCACCUUCCCUUCUCCCCCCUUCUCCCACUGCCUGAUUCUCUGAUCAUCUCUUCCCUGGGCUGACCUGACCUUCCUUCCAACAUUCUAUCCUGUGGGGUCACUCCUGGCUAUGUCAUUGGCCAUUACCUCCUGUCCUGUUACAUUCCUUGAAAAGUAAAAAAAUUCUGGUCUGAGCUCUGUCCCUUCAAGGCUCCCUUCCCUAAGUCUGGGCUAGGGGUUCAGGAAAGGCUUUGACCAGCUUUUGGGGAGGGGGUGGAGAGGGAGGGAGAGGGCUAGGUUCAGUCCUGACUCAACUGAUUUUUGAGGUCUUUGGAUUUCCCACUGUGGAACCAUAGUGCUCAUUGGUGCUUGGCUAUCCAGAAGAUGGAAAUAACUAGGUGCUCACGAUUAAAGAUGCUUCAUUGACAAA